GGUGCCGCGCCGCCGCCGUCGCCGCCAGGUGGCCGCGGCGGACUCCCAGACCUGUCAGCUGGUGCAGCGGGUGGCGUGACGCAGCUAACAAGUGCAUUCGUUUUCACACAGCACACACAAUGUCAUCCAACGAGGAGGUUGAAGUGAAGGCCGGACACCCUCCUGCACUAAAAGUGGGAGGGAUGAGAAUCCCGCAGAGACACAAGGGUGCAGAGGACCGAGAUGAAGGAGCUGCCAAACCUCGCAAGAACAGUGAGAGUGAAAAGGAGGAAGAAGAACUGGUGGUGUCUAAGAGUCCUCCUAAACCCCCAAUGGUGGUAUCUGGUGUUGUUGCCAAAGUGGAGAGAGACUUCCCCACAGCUGCAGUGAAGCACACACAUGAGAAACCACUCCCUACCAAUGAUCCACGCAGUUCUCACCACACCAGCAAGCCAGCAGUGAUCCAGCAGCCUAGAAAGUAGACAGGAAUCUUCCAUCGUACACCUCCUAGGACUUAGGGUCAAACUGUUAUCCAUGCCUGUAUGUCCCGAGGUUCUCACAGGUGUGUGCAUCAACCAUCGUCCAUUCAACCCAUUCCAGUUUUACAGUUGAAGUCUUUUCAAUACUCAAAGCUGAAGAGGGAAUAAUCAUCUUGACUGCCUUUUCUGUUAUGCUGGGAGUGAAUUAAUACCAGGUGAAUGCGUUCCCCAACAUGUUUAUCUUCAACAGCUUACUUUAUUCUGUUUAUAUGUAGGAAAGAGGAUUAAAGUACUUAUGACUAGUGGCACAUUUGAAAUUCAUAAUCAAAAGUAUACAAAUCAUAUAAUAAAAAUGUGUGCAUGUUUGAUGCCUUAAUACUUGCUGCCAUCACUCCUCUCACCCUCCACCUCCACCCAAUUACACGCUCAAAUGUUCAGGGUAACCAGCAGCUACCAAAUGCUCUGAACAUAUUAGCAGGGAAUGUUGAUGUGACCGAGCAGCGGUCUGCAUCACCUCCCAAGUGGUUAGUGUGUCUGAGAAGGACAGAUCAUCCAAGUGCUCUCUCUUACACUAACACUAAAAUCAAGGAUAUGAAACUAUCUCAAUAUAUCAACCAUAGAAAGUAAAAUUUCAUCUUGUGCAGUUGGUAGUUGUACAUAACUUUUAAGAAAUGCAACUUAAGCAGUACAAAUUUAUCAUGUAUUGGAUUAGAGGGGGUGUAUUUCUAUAGCUAGUUGUACUAAUUGCUUCAGAUUUAUAAAUUGAUCAGAUUUAUAAAUUGACCUUAAACUUUAGUGCAAUUCAUACAUUUUCCUUGGAAACCUCACAGAAAGCUGGUAUGACAAAUUAUUUCAUUGUAAAGUUUCAAAAAAUACAUGGACAGUUCAUUUUAUAUGGUUUGAUUACUGAUUUCUUGCAAUUGAGAUACUUAACAAGGUUGUGUUGCUGAUGUUUUGGGUGUUCAAUAUUAUAUAUUUAAACAUUAAGAAACUUAGAAACUUAGGUGGGUUUACAUAAACAGUACUUAAAGCCAUACACACCUCUCCAAACUUUAUGAAUCUGCCAUGUCAUGAAGUGUGAGUGGCUGUAGGGACACUUUGUUCCAUGUGUGUGUUGUGAUAAUUGGAAAUAGAGAUUAUCUCCAAGAUAAGUGCUUUCACAUUUGCUAGUAAAACUAUUUUUAAGUGAUUUUUCUUGUUGUAUCUUGGAGAAAGACUAAGGUUAAAAAGUAUUAUUACAACUCAAGAUAGAGGAUUACUUUUCAUAGAUGGAAAGUAGCACUUAGAUGGAGUGUGGGAAACAUUAUUACUAAUUAUUACUUGCCUUGAAAGUGGUACCAGACUCCAUUUUACAGUCUUGAAAGUAAAAAAAAAAUGUGUGCUAAAGUUGUGCUUUUUUGUUGUUACAAACUUAAUGGUGCCUUUGUUUCAUUGGUUGCUGAAAUGUAUCGAGUAGUUUUAUGUGGUUCUGUUGUCUGCCACAAGCUUGCCAGAACCUGUAAGAUUCACACAUCAUUCUUGGUGAUGGCCAUGGCAGUAAUUACUAAAUCUACAGUAAAUAAUUGUGGAAGGUUUCUCUUUCCUGCUGGAAAUUCCUAGCCCUGCAAGUAUUUUUCAGGAGUAUUUUUCACCUGCUUCUGAAUAGUAAGCACAGCAUGUUUAGUGAUAAAAUGACUCACAAAAUUAAUAUCCCAGUAAGGGAUUGUUACAUUCAUUUGCAUCCUUGAAGAAUUGCUAUGUGGUGCUAGAUUUCCCAGUUGUUAUUUUGAAAGUUAGUUAAGGUUCGAAAGGAUUGAAUAAUUUUGUAUUCUUCCUGAAUGUUGGGAUCAUCUGUUUCAGGUAUUAUUUAUCAUGGUAAGAUUUGUGUGUUUAGUGUGCAAUUGACCUAGUCUAGCUUUCCUACCAUAGCUAGUCAUUACUUUGGUUCCCAGUGCAGAGGUAAAAGCAUUAACAACUUGGCUUAGCAUUCCUUAUUUUAUUUUUACAUUCAUUUAAAAUCAUUCAAAACUUUUGAAACUGAUUACUGAUCCCUUUGCUGGUCAUUCUUAUAUGUUCAUCAUUCCACACUUAAAUGUAAACAAAGUGCUUUCAUAAGAAUGUUAAUGAAAAUAUUUCAAAUCAGAACCAGGAUUUUGGUAAUAACAAUGUAAGGUGAAGGUAUCAUUUGAACUUGGUUAUGUCCUUCCUCUGAGAAAAUAAAAUAUAAAAUGCC